UGAGAGCCAGCAAGAGGGAGGCAGUGGGUCUUUUCCACAGCAACUAAAGACAGUAAAUUCUUUAGACAAAGAAGACAAAACUUAUGGAUGAUUUCAAUUAGAGCUGCUUUUGUACAAAUAUGAUGACUUGAGGCCUUCCAAAAAUGGAUUUUCAUUACGAGAAGAAGGAUUUGCACACAGUCAUCAGGUUACUUUGAGCUGCGCAUUUACAUUUAGGUGGACAAUUACAAACCAAUAAACAUCGAUCAAAAGCAAAUGUGGAUGGAGGGGUCUGGCAGUCCACGCUUCAGAAAGCUUCAUUUCCCAGUGGGUUUGUGGAUUAACUCUCCCAGGAAACACUUUGCCAAACUUGGAGGUCGUUGGCCCAGCGCCAUAUCUGUAAAGUCGACCACCAGCUCUGACGCAACCUCACUGCACGAGGCCCCUUCUGCUCCUUCUUCCUCUCUUUCUAACUCCACCCCCUCGCUGGCUUCCCCUUCCCCAUCAUCCUCUCCUUCCCCGGCCUUCCUCAGGCCGCGGCCUGCUGGCCCCCAGUCUCGUGCAAAGCGCCUUUCCCAUCUCUUCCUGCGGGGGCGCUCCAACAGCGACCGGGACCGGGCAGUGGGGGAGAGGGAAAGAGAGGUUUGGGCUCAUUCGGCUGCCCCCUCCUCCCACCACUACUUGCCCCCUGCCUCUUCCACUGCCCCAGGACUGAUCAAGAUCUAUGGAGAUGCUCUGUCCAGUGGAGCCAACUAUCGCUCCUUGCUGGCCAACAUUCACUCCACUGCCAGGCAGCUCAUUGCACAGGUCAUCACUCGCUACACCGAAAGAGAGAGGGAGGAGACAGAUGAUGCUGCUAUCCAGAAACACUCUCCUGAAGACUUCCUGUUGUGUGAUGUCAUUGGAAAACCCAUCCAGCAGCCAGAUGGAGCUAUCAAAUGGGAGACAGAGUGCCGGAGAAGCGUUGCCCCGUGGGAAUGUCCUUUGUUAUUAGUGGACAUGUGGCGGCCUAAGGAUGGAUUUGAGCGGCGCUUUGAAAUCCAGAGGAGGGAGGACUAUGAGAGAGAGGAGAAAGAAAGGGAGAAAGAGCGUGAGAGGGAGGGGGAGAGUUACCAAGGUGUGCGGUGGCGGCGGCGGAGGAUAGAGUCAGGGGGAGCAGCGGAGGAGAGCGAGCGUGGUCACCGUGGAAGGAACACCGAGCUCCGGAGGAGCAUCAGCGACAUGAACCUGAGUCUGCGGCGUCGUCAGGGCAACCACGUCAGCAACGAUCCCCGUGGUCCUGCCAGCCGACCCCUCGACAGCAGUGGGAUGCAAGACAGGAAGAACAUUGUGAGCAUGAUCAGCCCACAGCCAGGAGAGGUCAGAUCAUCAAAGGCUGAGGCAAAGGUUGGAUGGACAAAUCAGCCUGAGGAGGAUAUGAGGGAUUACUCCAGCUGCGACCUCGAAGUGAUGUCCCAAAGCCUCAUCCUUCCACCCACGGACCGGCCCUACUUCUUGUUGCUACAGGGUUACGAUCAGAGCAAGGAUUUUGUGUUAUACAUCAUGGCGGGUCAUACGCAUGUGUUUGGGAGAAAACCGACGAUAAGGGAGAGAGAAAAGGAUAGAGAAAGAGAAAGGAAAGGAAGGAGGCCACUGAAGGUGGACACGUUCCUGUCGGCCCCCGACCUAUUGGCCAGGCACUUACUGCUCCGGAGAGAUGCUGCUGUUCCAGAGGUGCCCACCGGACAAGCUCUGAUGCGGCCCUUCAGAGGAGGUGCAGUCACUCACAAUGGGGUGGCCGUGUACCGGGAGACAGUCCUAAAACCCGGAGAUGUGAUCGGGCUCGGAGACCACUUCCUUUUCUUGUACCGGGACCCGCGUGUGACUCCAGCGCCACCACUCGCGUUGACUCUUCCAUGGCAGGCAGAUGCCUCCUCCACCUGCUGCCCAUCAGGGCUGGUGGACAGACAGGAGGCUCUCCGGCAGUACCUGGGCUCGACUGAGGCAGUCUUGAAGUUCCAUCCUCGUCAUGCAGAUGCCUUGUUGCAGGAGAUAAUCUCCAAAAACCCCUCUCCAGACUCUGGUGGUGGGCCCUUAGCUCCUGCCUAUCUCCUGUCAAUCAUGAUAGAUCACGCCUCCAAACACCUGGACCCGGCCCUCACUCCGCAGAUAUUACUCAAGUCAGCCAAUUUAAUUAAAGAAAUUGUCUGGGAUAACAUUAAGGAAUUCGGGGAUAAGCAUCCCACGCAAAAUUCGACAGAGCAAGAAGGGGAAAUAAGCACGCCAAAUGUCCAGAAGCUGUCAUCCGACCUGCGACCCCUCAUGUUCUGGAUGUCAAACGCCACAGAGCUCCUCAACUACUUCCAGGUCAAAGUGGAAAACAUGGAGAAAGAGUGGGAAUUUGAAACUCCUGGGGAUCCAGUUUUGACAGCUGACAUGGACACCUGUUCAGAAGCUUUGGCACAACUGGAUGACGUCAUUAUGCACACCUUUCAGCAAUGUGUGUAUCACCUCACCAAGACCCUGUACUCCCUUCUUCCGGCUCUCCUGGACACCAACCCCUUCUCCAGUGAAGAGAAGGAGAAAGAAAAGGAUGGAGCUCGGGAUGCGGAGGGUUCAGACAAAAGAGGAGGAGAGAUUGAUGACGUGUCCACUUUGCCUCCCAAGGUUGCUGGACUGGUGGAAGUGUACCGCUGCUCUCUGAUGCUGUCUCGAGAAGCAUGUCUGUCUCCACCUCUCACUUCUCAAACUUUUGGCUACCUCUUUUUCUUUACCAACACCUCCUUGCUCAACACUUUACUUGAGAGAGAUGGACUAUUUUCAUGGUCACGAGCAGUCCAGAUUCGUACAAACUUGGACCUGGUUCUGGAUUGGCUACAAGGGGCAGGAUUAGGAGACAUAGCUUCUGAAUUUUUGAAAAAACUGUCCAUCACGGUCAACUUCCUGUGUAUUCCUAAAACACGACUCAUCCAGUCAUCAUGGGUCAGUCUACAGGAAGAACAUGGACUGUUAAGUCCUGCUCAGCUGCACCACCUGCUAACACAUUACAAGUUAGGGCCAACAAGAGCUCCGCCCGCAUCCUGGGCUCCUCCACCUGGCACGGAGCUGAGUGGAGACAUCUUUGAGAGUUUUCUGGACCACCCUCCUCUUAUCCUGCCAAAUGAGACUCCACGCCUUGACCUCUCCCAGCCAAUCCCAAGUCCUGAGCUCCAAAAGGAAGUUACACGUCUCCGCACCUACCUGUGGGGACUCGACCAGGAUGAGCUCCCUGCCAAUCAGAGGACUCGGCUUUGAAGAAGCCCAUAUUUGUCUCUCUAAGGAAGUUUCAUAUAAUUAAAAAAAAAAAAAACAUAUCACCAGAAACAGGAGAGUGACGAGAAAUCAAAACUGAGCAUGUUUUCUGUAUUUGGCUGCCUAGCUUUUGUUUUUCAUCACACUUUCAUAUCUUUACAUUUAGGGCUAUUCAUGAUAACAUUUUCUAGUAAAACAUUUGUACUGGCUUUGUUAUGUCUUUAUAGGAUUUAUUUUAAAGAGGGUAGUAAAAAUCCAUGUCUCUGGCCCAUGUACUUUAAGCUUUACAUGACUCUUUUACUCGGCUUCCAUGUAUGUUUUCAAACUGCUUGUUUUUAAUAAAAAGCUGAAUUCUACUCUAAA